AUGGUGGCGGAGAGCCCGGCCGCCGCCCGGCCGCUGCCGGGACCCCCCCGGGCUUGGUGCUACACCUCGGUGAUCCUGGCGUUCGCCCUCGCCGCCCUGCCCCCCGGCCGCGCGUCCAACCUGCUGCCCGGCGGCGAGUGCCAGGGCGGCGGCAAGGGGAAAGGCAUCAACUGCUCAGAAUUAAAUGUAAGGGAGUCUGAUGUAAGAGUGUGUGAUGAAUCAUCAUGUAAAUAUGGGGGAGUGUGUAAAGAAGAUGGAGAUGGCUUGAAAUGUGCAUGUCAGUUUCAGUGUCAUACAAAUUACAUUCCUGUUUGUGGAUCAAAUGGAGACACUUACCAAAAUGAAUGCUUCCUCAGGAGAGCUGCUUGCAAGCAUCAGAAAGAGAUAACAGUGGUAGCAAGAGGACCUUGUUAUUCUGAUAAUGGUUCUGGAUCAGGAGAAGGGGAGUAUGAAGGAUCUGGAACAGAAGUUCACAGAAAACACUCCAAAUGUGGGGCUUGCAAAUACAGGGCUGAGUGUGAUGAAGAUGCAGAAAAUGUUGGGUGUGUAUGUAAUAUAGACUGCAGUGGGUACAGUUUUAAUCCUGUAUGUGCUUCUGAUGGACGUUCUUAUAACAAUCCAUGUUUUGUUCGAGAAGCAUCGUGUUUGAGGCAGGAACAGAUUGACAUAAGGCACCUUGGACACUGCUUAGAAACAGAUGACACCAGCUCAGUAGGAAAGAAAGAUGAUGGAAUGCAGUAUCGACCAGAGGUGAAAGAUGCCAGUGAUCAAAGAGAAGACAUUUAUAUUGGAAACCACAUACCUUGUUCAGAAAGCUUCAAUGGUUACUGUAUACAUGGAAAAUGCGAAUUCAUUUAUUCCACUCAGAAGGCUUCCUGCCGAUGUGAAUCAGGAUAUACUGGACAGCACUGUGAAAAGACAGACUUUAGUAUUCUUUAUGUUGUACCAAGCAGACAAAAGCUUACACAUGUCCUUAUUGCAGCAAUAAUUGGAGCUGUACAGAUUGCCAUUAUAGUUGCAAUUGUCAUGUGCAUAACAAGAAAAUGCCCUAAAAACAACAGAGGACGUCGACAGAAGCAAAACCUAGGCCAUUUUACUUCAGAUACAUCAUCCAGGAUGGUUUAA